AUGAGAUGGCUCAAGUAAAAUGUACUUUCUUCCUACAGAUAAAUGGCCCUAGUAGUUUGUUUGGGUCUGAAAAUUACAUGGGAAUUUCAGGUCAAACUAGAAAUGACUUCUCAAAUGUUUUUAGCAGUGCAACUGCUAGUAUACCUGUAUCUUCAGCACUUGCGGGAAGAAACCCAUUAGAAGGCACACAUGAGCUGAGACAAGCCUGCCAGUUAUGUUUUGUCAAAAAAGGUCCUAAAUUACUGGAUUAUGCUUACCACCCUAAUUUAGAACAUAAAUGUAAGAAGGAUAUUCUAAUUGGUAGAAUAAAAAAUUCUGAAGAUAAAUCAUGGAAAAAAAUACGUCCAAGACCAACAAAAACACAGUAUGUGGGACCAUAUUAUAUAUGUAAAGAUGUUGCUGCUGAAGAGGAGUGCCGAUACCCAGGGCACUGCACGUUUGCCUACUGCCAGGAGGAGAUAGAUGUGUGGACACUGGAGCGCAAAGGAGCUUUUAGUCGAGAAGCUCUUUUUGGAGGAAAUGGAAAGAUCAACUUUACCGUGUCACGACUGCUUCAAGAACAUCAUGGAUUCUUUAUGUUUCUUUGUGAGAAAUGUUUUGAUCAUAAACCCAGAAUAAUAAGCAAAAGGAACAAGGAUAAUUCAUCUUCUUGUUCUCACCCUGCUAUGCAUGACUUUGAAGAUAACAAGUGCCUUGUCCACAUUUUGCGAGAAACUAUGGUGAAGUAUUCCAAAAUUCGCCCUUUUCAAGUUCGGUGUCAGCUUGACCUGUGCAGACAUGAGGUACACUAUGGCUGCUUAAGAGAGGAUAAAUGCUUUUAUGCUCACAGUCUGGUAGAGCUUAAAGUCUGGAUAAUGCAAAAAGAAACAGGUAUUUCACAUGAUACUAUUGUUCAAGAAUCAAAGAAAUAUUGGCAGAACAUGGAAGCUAGUGCACACGGGUCACAGAUCCUUGGGAACCAAAUGAAAUAUGGAUCACUUAAUUUGAAGAUGAAGUUUGUUUGUGGUCAGUGCUGGAGGAAUGGUCAAGUUAAUGAGCCAGACAGAAACAAAAAAUACUGCAGUGCAAAGGCAAGACACCCGUGGACCAAAGAUCGCCGUGUGGUGCUUGUAAUGUCUAAUGAACGUAAGAAGUGGAUGACCAUUCGUCCCCUUCCUGCAAAGAAACAAGUGCCUCUGCAAUUUGAUUUGUGCAAUCAUAUUGCUUCGGGCAAGAAAUGUCAAUAUGAUGGAAACUGCUCAUUUGCUCACAGUCCUGAGGAGAGAGAGAUGUGGACGUAUAUGAAGGAGAACAGCAUUCAAGACUUGGAGCAGUUGUAUGACAUAUGGCUAAAAAGUCAAAAACCAGAAAAAGGAGAUGAUACAGCUGCUCAGGCAAAUAAAGAAAAUGGGAAGCAAAUUCACAUGCCAACUGACUAUGCUGAAGUAACAGUGGAUUUCCACUGUUGGAUGUGUGGGAAGAACUGUAAUAGUGAGAAACAGUGGCAGGGUCACAUUUCUUCUGAAAAGCAUAAAGAGAAGGUUUUCCACACAGAAGAUGAUCAGAACUGCUGGCAGUAUCGCUUUCCAACCGGAUGUUUUAGUAUUUGUGAUAGAUAUAUGGCUGGUACUUGCACUGAGGGAAACAACUGUAAAUUUGCCCAUGGAAAUGCUGAACUCCAUGAGUGGGAAGAACGAAGACAAGUUUUAAGAAUGAAGCUCAGCAAAGCAAGAAAAGACCACUUGAUUGCUCCCAGUGAUAAUGACUUUGGAAAAUAUAGUUUUUUGUUUAAAGGUUUAGACUAAUACUGAGAUGACAUAUACAUGUUACCAGCUGGAAGCAUAAACCAGAACAAUUGACAAUAAUCAAAAGCAUGUGACAGAAAAGCUGCAGGUUUUCUGCUUUUAUUGGCAUAUAUUGUUCCUCCUGAACAGCAAAAUAUAGUAGAUUUAGGGGAAUUGAGUGGACCUGUCUGUGCUGUCAUGAAACAGAGCGGUGAAUAAAAAAAUCUGAAGUAUUAUGUGCUUUCUCACCUCCUGUUGGACAGAAAGUUAGGGAAUAGAAGGGGGAGAAAGGUUGUAAUGUCUAGGAAGCCCCCUAGUGUCAGUCCUUCAGCUGAAAAACUUCCCGGUAUCAAGGUAUUACAAAGCAGAGUGUUACGGGCUAAGAAAAUGAUGGAUGAAUAUUCAGAUCUUUUAAUGGAGACGAUUUGUUUAAAACAAAGUUUGCUACUUAUCUAUAUGUAGGUUGCUAAAAAGGAUUUUCUUAUUAAAGAUUUUAAACAAAAUAACCAUUUAACUACAAUAUAUGUUGAAUGGGUAUUUUUUCUCUAUUUGUAUGUUUCAAUAUAAUUUACUGAAAAAGGAUCUUGGGAGGAAAAAUGUAUUCAUUUUUGAAAAUGAAGUAGUUAAAAUUGUUUCUUGGUCUUUGCUGUUUAAAUGAUGAUUUUGAAAGAUUACACUUGUAUGUCAGUAUUGUGUAUUAUUGUAUGGACUAAUGUUGCCUGUAAUAAAGAGAACUUUACACAAAGCUCUUCUGCAUGCAA